GCAUCCGAUCAGAGAGAAUUGGAGAACCCCAGCUGUAUCUGCGUCUGGAUUUUUUGGUUUAUCAUCUCGCAUAGGCAGUAACAAUGUCAACUCCGGCAAGGAAAAGGCUUAUGAGAGAUUUCAAGAGAUUGCAGCAAGACCCACCUGCAGGAAUCAGUGGAGCACCCCAAGAUAACAAUAUAAUGCUUUGGAAUGCUGUGAUAUUUGGGCCUGAUGAUACUCCAUGGGAUGGAGGUACAUUCAAGUUGACUCUUCAGUUCACAGAAGAUUAUCCAAACAAACCCCCAACUGUGCGAUUUGUUUCCCGAAUGUUUCAUCCAAAUAUCUAUGCUGAUGGAAGUAUUUGUCUGGAUAUUCUACAAAAUCAAUGGAGUCCUAUAUAUGAUGUUGCAGCUAUACUCACAUCAAUCCAGUCAUUACUCUGCGAUCCCAACCCAAACUCUCCGGCAAAUUCAGAAGCUGCUCGGAUGUUUAGUGAGAACAAACGUGAGUACAACCGACGGGUGAGGGAAAUCGUGGAGCAGAGCUGGACAGCAGACUAGAGUCCAUUAUCUUGUGCUGGUGGAGUGGUGUAGGUCAGAAUAUUUGGGAGCAAGUUUGAUUCAUGAUGCGUCGUCGUAAACCAAUGUGAACUUAUCGCAUAUCUGCCCUCCAUGUAAUGAAUGUUAGGGUUAUUUGAUCUUGUUUUUAUAUCAUGGAUUUUAGUUAUGGAUCUUCAAAUGUGUGUAAAAUAAAUAACUUGUGUAAAUUUGCUUGAAUUGUCAUGCUUUAAAACUUGGCUCCAUCUAAAA